GGCAGGAGGGCGGGUGGGGCGGUUCUCCUCCCCCGGUAGGCGGCGAGGGCGUCAGUCCGCCGUGCGGUCGUGCCCUGUGUGGCUCAAGUGAGUUUUGAUUGAGCCGCAGAAUUGUCCCAGGUCCGAGCUGGAGUUCACAGAAGCGCGGCGGCGAAGAGGGGGUGGUGAGCACGCUGUAAUAGGGCCGGGCCUCGGUAUGCUCUGAACGGGACUCAGCUGCCGGAGCGACGGGGCGGGCCGAGCAGAAGGAGAACAGAAGAGGGGGUCACUUCCCAGCGUGGAACAUGAAGCAGUGUGCACCGGCGGGGGCGCAGCGCCGCCCGGCGAGAGAAGCAUCCUGAGCGAGGCAUGGAGAGGCGCUAAGGAGGGGCCGCGAGGCAGGUGACAGCCUGCAUGGGCACGGCCAGCAUGGACACGAGCGUGGCUGUGGAGACGAACCCUGCCCUGAACCCGCUGUGCCAGGACUGCGGGCAGCAGCACUGGAGCCGAGAGAACCACCUGUACAACUACCGGCACGAAGUGGACGAUGACCUGGUGUGCCACAUCUGCCUGCAGCCGCUCGUGCAGCCCCUGGACACGCCCUGCGGGCACACCUUCUGCUUCAAGUGCCUGCGCAACUUCCUGCAGGAGAAGGACUUCUGCCCGUUGGACCGCAAGAAGCUGCACUUCAAGGUCUGCAAAAAGUCCAGCAUCCUGGUGCACAAGCUGCUGGACAAGCUGCCGGUGUCCUGCCCAUUCUCCGCCGCCUGCCCCGACUCCAUGCCCCGCUGCGACCUGGAGGCGCACCUCAAACACAGGUGUCCAGGAGCUCUCAAUCACCGGGCAGGCCUGGAGAGGAGGCGCUCGGAGAGGCUGCCGGCACCCGACGGCGGCGGGGAGGGCAGAGCCAUGGGGAUGGAGCCUCCGGACAGCGCACAUUCGCCCGAGCCAGGGAGCGCCGGGGAUUCCCCACCAGGGGGCAGCACUGCCUGUGCCGCGGUGCCCAUGUGGACGGACGAACACGGCCUGGACAACCCCGCUUUCGAAGAGAGCACGGAGGAAGACAGUGUGCACAGCUUGGACUGCAAUCCAGCCCGUGCCAAGAGACCCCUGAGUAACCCCUGUAUCCACCUGCACAGAACCAGCAGCACCAAUUCCUCCGGCUGGGAUAUUCCCGAGGAUGGACCACCACCCCCUGCCGAGGAAGGCUGCCCGAAGGUCCCUGGCCUGCCAGAGGGGGAGAUUACCACCAUUGACAUCCAGCGCUCCAACCCCUACAUGGAGCUGGGCAUCAGCGUCGUCGGCGGCAACGAGACGCCGCUCAUCAACCUCGUGAUCCAGGAGGUGUACCGCGACGGCAUCAUUGCCAGGGACGGCCGUCUGCUGGCGGGAGACCAGAUCCUCCAGGUGAACGGCGUGGACAUCAGCAACGUGCCCCACAACUUCGCCCGCGCCACCCUGUCCCAGCCCUGCCCCGCGCUGCAGCUGACCGUGCUGCGGGAGCGGCGCUUCUCCGGCCGGCCGGGGCGCCUCUGCAGCAACGACCGCGUGCUGGGCAUCAACGGGCACGACCUGCGGCACGGCACCCCCGAGCUCGCCGCUCAGAUCAUCCAGGCCAGCGGGGAGCGAGUCCACCUGGUGAUCUGCCGACCCAGCAAGCCGCUGCCCCCCCUGCCCAGCGCCAACGCCAACGCCGUCCGUGAUGCAGGGUGCCACACCAUCGCCCUUCCGCACCCCCUCCACCCCCCGGUCUCCACCGCCAUGCAGCACCUCGGGCGGCCCAGCACGCACGCCACGCACCGGGUGAGCCCCCCGCCCAGGCACCCUGGAGACCGUUCAGAGAGCCCUCUCCACCACAGUGAGAGCGUCCUGCUUCUCCCGCACGGAUCCCACAUCCCCACUUCGGCUGCGGACCCCCAAAGGGCAGUGAGAUUAGACUGGAGUGGGGAUGUAAUUGAGAACAUCAGAUCUGUCUUGCAGAAUUACUUCCUGACAUUUUUCUAUGCCCGACGGCGCUCUGUGUUUUCAGGGGACGUGCUGCUGAGCAUCAACGGCAUGGACCUGACCAGUCUGAGUCACAGCGAGGCCGUGGCCACGCUGAAGGCCAGCGCUGCCUCCUCCUCAGUCCUGCUGAGGGCGCUGGAGGUGCAGACCAUCGAGGAGCAGGGCCAGGCCGCCGAGGAGACGCUGCCUGCCGCCCAUGACAACGACUACGAUGCCAGCUGGUCCCCGUCCUGGGUCAUGUGGCUCGGCCUGCCCAGUUACCUGCACAGCUGCCAUGAGAUCGUGUUGAGGAGGAGCAGCCUGGGCAGCUGGGGCUUCAGCAUUGUGGGAGGGUACGAGGAGAGCCACACCAACCAGCCUUUCUUCAUCAAAACCAUCGUGCUGGGCACACCCGCCUAUUAUGACGGCCGCCUCAAGUGUGGAGACAUGAUCGUCGCUGUGAACGGGCUGUCCACAGCAGGGAUGAGCCACUCCGCGCUGGUGCCCAUGCUGAAGGAGCAGAGGAACAAGGUGGCACUGACCGUGGUGUCCUGGCCCGGCAGCCUGGUGUAGCCGCAGCCCUCGGGGCAGCAGGGGUGAGGCAGGAGUCCGGCGUGUCCCGGGGCUGGCUGGGGCCUGGCGCACGCGGACUGCACAGAGCCCGCAGGCAGGCUUCAGGGUGCACGAGCGUCCGCGUUCUCGGAACAUUUUAAAGUGUCACAGAACGCAGACGAGCUGAGCAAUGAAACGGAAAGAUAUUCUGCAAUUUUUUUGCCCACCAAAUAUUUUUUAGGGUUCUCCCAGUGCUUCGAGAAUGGUGUGAAAGUAGAAGUAGACCCAGACAUCCUUACCCCAUGCCAUUUACAAAGGCCUUAUCCAACACACUGGCUUUAGGGCAGAGACCCGCCUUACAGUGUCCCAGACUGGGCAUGGGGCAGGUUUGGGGCUGUUGUUCACUGGCAGAGAAGAACAGUUUCUAUGUUUGUUAUCGGUCACUUAAAUUAUUAAAUCCGUCAGGGAUUGAUCUCAUUGAGUCUGUCUCUCUGAGUGUUAUUUUGCUGUCUCGUUUUCCAUUGCCCUUGGUGUUUGACAGCCACAGACAGCUGAGGAGACUUCCUCUGCACAGCAACCUGCACUGCUGUGUCUUACCUUCGGUGUCAGCUGGAGAGAUAAUUCUCUCUACUUCAGUGGUUCUGAAAAAACAACAAUAUUGAAUGCCCUAUGUACCUUUUUAGCUAUCUUUUGUCCAAGGAUGUUAGAAGUGCAUCUGUUGACGAUCUAACGGCGCUCGCUCGGACAUCCAGGUCCCCCAGGUAAUAAACUGAAUUGUUUUCAGAAAUAAAACGUAAAUAUAAAAAUCAGUGCAGUGGAGACUGACACAAUCUGUCAGUCCUGUCCACGAGUAUUAGAACAGUACAGCAGCAUAUUGGAAGCUAUUUAACUGCAGCAAUAUUUUUUUUAAAUUACUCCUAAUUUGAAUUCACUGUCUUGCCAGGCAUGGGCCGCAGGCUUCUGCUGACCCUGUUCUGAAUCGAACGUCUGCCCCCAGGUUGAUGUUGUGCCGAACAGUGUUUGCAGGGAGCCACUGCCUGUUGGAAUCAUGAUACAGGGAGUUCUCCAAGUCUUCUGGCUUCUGGGACCAGAACACGAGUGAUUCUUUACUUUCUUAAAAGUACCACAGGUAGAAAGAGCUGUUCUGUUUCUUCAUGAAAGGGGGGAAAAAAUAAAUGCGAGACGGGUCCGAUAUUAGGUUGUCUUUAGUGCCUAAACAGUGCCAUGUUUCAUAACAUUCCAGUACACCCCAGCCAGUAGCAACAGUAUUCGUACUGGGAUCCUGAAAGGCCAUACUGGCAGUGAUGGGGAAACUGCACAGUGUGCUGUUGAUCCAGUGAUGGAGUCCUCCUAACGUGGGGCUAGAGAGAUUACCUGCAGGUGUAUUUACAAUACCCACUGAGGACAAGAGGCACGUCUUCACACACAGGGCGGCGAGAGUCAGGAACAAGCUACCCAACCAUGUUGUUGGAGCCAUGUUGAGGAGACCUUGGGAAUAAUUAGCUACAAAUUUCCAAAUAGUCUUUGUGGGCCAGAAGGCCUUCUCUCGUUUGUAGCCUUCCUUGUGUUCUUAUUAGACCCAUUUGUGGCUGUACAAGGAGAGACUUCAGCGAUAUCAGCUCAGUGUCUCAAAAUCCCCCUUGCCUUUCUGUGUUCUUGUACAAUCCUGGUUUAAAAAUACAUUCUUUUUCCCUGUUGAAGGAAACUAGUUUCAGCAAACUGGGAUUCUAUUUCCAUCAGUGCCAAGAGAGUUUUGUGUUCUCCAAACUUUAAUAUUAAGUGUUUAAGCUGUGAAUGUGAUCAAAUUUUAAAAAAAAAACAGUCCACUUUGAAAUUUUCUUUGUUCAAUCUUUUUUUUUGGAAGCAGUUUACAGAAGUUGAUCAUUCUUUUCAUCUGCAGUAUACUACUUCUGCUCAUUUUUUAUCUUUGUCUUGCUGAUAAAUCCUAUGUAACUUCAUAACCUGAGUUUUCAGUUCUCUUGUUAAACUUUAUAGUAUUUUUUUCCCCAAACAAAAUCUUAAAAUUUCAUGUUAAAGGGAGCCUGAAAUGUUCACAAAAACUAUACUGUCUCAUUAGCAUGCAUUAGCAUGCAUAUUGUUAUUCAAUAUUAAAGUAAAGAAAGUUUACUCAAGAAUAAACUAAGAUUUAUUUCUGAGUACCAGUCUCUGGUGGUUGCUAUAUCAUUGUUCUAAAUUUGUGACGCCAUUGGUCUGCUGUUGUGACAUCACUGGUAUGGGGUCACUGGUUAAGUGUUCUAGCGUGAGAGAGCAACAGCAGAACUAGGUCCAGUUAAUCUAGUCUUUGACUAGAUUAGAGAUCAACAAUAGAUUCCAUCUCACGUUUUAAAUAUCCGAUAUACUGUGAGACAAUCGAACUACGAGGAAUAAAAUGUCAUGUGAACCGCGAACCAAUCGUUACAAAUGACUGUCAUGGGUUCUGUGCAACCCAAAAUAAGCAAUAAUAUCAGUAUCGGCCCAUUACAGUACCUAAGGUUUCUCAAAGCAGUUAAUAUCAAUUAAAUAGUUAUUAAAGAUCAGACAUUCGUCGAUCUGAAUACAAACAACUCUCCAGCCCGGUAGUUAAAAACACUGUAAAAAAAGAAUCAAUGGGAAGACUCGGGUAAACUUGGACUUGCGCUCCAUGAGCUGCCUCUCUUAUUUUAACAGCCAAUAUUGGGGAAAAAUAUGGAUUCACGUCGGUUUUAACGCGUUCCAACACUUUCACGAGUAUGAAGACCAGCUACGGGCUGUGUUAUGUCAGGUUAUAUCAUUAUAUUUUCGUGUUUCUUCCACUCUUGUACCAACACGCAGGCACAAAGCACUGCUUCGGUAGCUUCCGUCGACGGGAUUAGUUUAUGAAAAUCAGGAGCCUGAGAAAAGGGAAGACAGGAGGAGAAACUUCAUAAUACAAAAUAUUUAGUGAAAACGAAACACCAGUCAAGCAUGUACAGAUCGUAGAAAAUCAAAUGCUUCUGAUCAAGUGUGGGGCAUUACGUUUGGAAAUAACGAUUUUGCUUCUCCACACAAAGUCCUGCCUGGAAUGGCUAUAGACAUCUCGAUCUCAAGCUACGCUGUUAUUACUCUGUGUACUGCAGCUUCUGCUCAGCGCUGAAUACCAGCUUGACAGAUUUAAUAUCAAUCGAUCGGUCUUGUGUUUGCUGUAGCGCAGAAGAUAAAAACUCACUCACGGAGGGAGAGAAUAAAGGUCCCAGAGGGAUUUCCUCCAAUAUUCCUGUCCGAGUUUUUUUUUCGCGGUCUGCCGAGAUGUCAGUCACAAUCCGGACUGCUCCCGGUAGUAAGUCUAACGUUUUCUAUCAUGCCUUGCCACCUGCAUUGUGAUAGGAAAUUUACCCAGACAUUUUAAAAUAAUCUCUUUACUAGUUUCUCACCAACAUUGUUUUCUCAGGAAAAUGUCAACCAGACAGAAAUGACUUACUUUAUUUUUAUUAUUAUUAUUAUUAUUAUUAUUAUUAUUAUUAUUAUUAUUAACAUUGAAUAACAAUACUUUCACUAUAGUCUGUAUAAUUGAGUCUCUCCAUCAUUUCAGUUUCCCUUUAACAUGUACAGUCUGGUCAGCAGUGAUGGUGGACACCUUUUGUCAGGGUUGUCAUUUGUCAAAUAAAUAAUUUGUUAUUUUGUUCAAUUUUGAUUUCUAUUUAAAAUGCUACAAUUGUGAAUGAUUGUUACUGCCUUUUCUGUUCCCUUUAAAAAUUGCUGAUCCGCUCUUUCUGACGUAUCUGCAGGUUUCGGCCAGGUAUUUUGUAAAUCACAGAUUCCCUGUACACUUCUGAACCACCCUGGUCUGAAUCACGAGAGUGUGUUUUGGACAGAAUAACUGAAAUUUAAGUGCGUGAAAAGCGGACUGUGGGCCUUGAUACUUCAGCGGUGACGGUGGCUGUAAUACAAUUAUUUUAUUUUAGACGCUGAGAAGAAUUGUAAUCUUCAGGUUAGUAAGGAAACAGCUGUUGAAAGUCAUUAAUAUUAAUUCCAGCUAAAGCUGAAAGACUACCGUGAAAAGCAAGCAGUUUUUUACUUUAUCUUAGCUGAUGUGUGUCUGAUAUCCGGACGCACAGCCUGGGACCUGUGCGGGAUGUUAAGGGUAUCACCUUUGUGGUAUCUCCGAGAAAGAGGAACCCGAGUCCCUUCUGUGAUGCUCACCUGCAGUGCCAACAGUGCGGCCACCUCGCAGGAAGAAACCGCUUGGAUAUUUCGACCCCAGCAGCAAGACUUCAUUACAGUUCUUCAGCCAAAAUACGUUUUUUUUUCUCAAUACCAAACUUUCGAAAUGUAAGCAAUUAAUUGUAUUAUGUACUUGUUUUGGGUUUCGUUUGAGUUUAAUUGAUGGUGUUGUAUAGCGUGCUCUGACGUGCGCAGCGAUACACAAAAACAGCAGUGCUGGUUAAGCUGUUCAAAUGCGAGGCGGUCCGGUUUGCAGUUGUGUGUGUUAACACUCCCUGUUUCCUGAAAGGACAGCUCUUACUAGUGCACGACAUGCACUUUGUCAAGGAAUCACACAGGAAAGUCAGUAUGUUCUACGUAGUGGGUUAUCAGCCAGAACGACCCUGUAAUCACGUCACACAACAGCACGUACUGUACUGCCGCGGUUGUAUGGAGGAGUCGGGGGUUCUUGAACCUUGAAAGCAACGGUGAUAUUUUCUGUUUGCCUGUGUGAUAGCGUGGAGAAGACGGUGCGCGGUCCUGUUGUGUGAUUUAUGUCCUUGUUCUCUCCUCCUCAUCUUCCUUGUGUCUGAGAGGAGCAGAUCCCUAUGUGCAUUAUAUUGCAGUUUUGAAAUGAUCACAUUUUCUACAUAAAGAUUCUGAUGUUCAAAGGA